UUGCUUCCGUAUUGUGGGUUUUAAAAUGAUGGAUCUGUGCAUUAAACUAAGGACGUUCGUGAACAUACAGAUAUCAAUAUUAAUAUGCCUGAUAUUAAAUCCAUCACCAGUGCAAAAUAUAGAAUAUUAUAAAACAUACUACACAAAAGAGGUCCUAUUAUUAUGGAACCGAAGUGAUAUGAAACCCUGUUGCCUGAACGUCCACAAAAGUACCAAUACUUUGUUCUUCUGCUUUAACAGACCUCAAAAUUUUGAUUCCCAAGUAGCCUUUUUCAAUAUGGACACAAAAGAAACAGAAACUGUUAUGGGAAUAAAAAAAGGAUGUGCCAGCGCUAUAGAUCAAGACAAUGAUGUAGUUUAUUUAGGAGGACUUAAAGGAAUCUACAAGUACGACAUGGAAACGAAGAAACCAGAAUUUUAUGCUGAAAAGGACGUUCACAUAAAAUCCCUUUUUUACAAGGAACGAUUGUAUUACAUUCGGCAUCCAGAUAAGAAAGUAUUCAUAGAAUAUGAUGGUCAGUUUGCACAUAUUUCUGAAUUUAUGGAUCUAAAGUUAGACCAUUUCCUUGUCAGUAAGGGAGGAAUAGUAUAUUUCACUGUUAAGAACAACAUUUACAUUUAUGACAAAAAUGAGACCCAAUGGGACCUUAAAGGGCUUAGAAAAACUCAUGCAGUAAAUGCAAUAGGUGAAGGCAAUAAUGGUGUAGUGUAUCUUUGCACAGAUCGUGGAGUAUAUACAGUUGUAAAAAAUGGACUGCAAAAGUUUAUGAACGAGAAGAAUAUUGUAGGAAUAACGACAGAUAAAAAUGAUAAUUUGAUACUUGCAGAUAAUGUUAGUAUUUUUAGAUUAUUACGAAAUGAAGAGUGA